GGUGUGCAGUGCAGAAGCUUUUCCUGCGAUUUCCAACACUCGGGAAAUUUAACACAAAAAAACGAAUUUGUAUUCAUCCUUUCGGAAACGUGAUACCUAAUUGAAUAGCCCCGAAGAUGACCGAAGAGGUUAACACCACCGUAUGGGAUGACUCCCUACUGGUAAAAACGUACGACGAGUCUGUUGGAUUGGCGCGAGAGGCACUGGCCCGCCGCUUGGCCGAUUCCACAAACAAGCGUGAGGAGGAAAACGCAGCCGCCGAUGAAGAAGUUUGCGAAGAUUCGGCCACUGGUGGAGCUAUCAGUCCGGAGCCCGUGUCCUUCAAGGUGGGAGACUAUGCCCGGGCUACCUAUGUAGACGGUCUGGACUACGAGGGCGCCGUGGUCUCGAUUAACGAGGAGAAAGGCACCUGCGUUAUUCGCUAUUUGGGCUACGAGAACGAGCAAGAGGUGCUGCUUAUGGACUUGCUUCCCACCUGGGGCAAGCGGGUGCGUCGAGAGCAGUUUCUCGUCGCCAAGAAGGAAGAGGGCGAUCAGUCGGGACGCCCAGGAGCAUCUAACGCCGCUGCUGGUGAUGCAAAGACUCCCAAGUCACGCGGAAAGGGUAGGAUUUCUGGGGGUCUGGUCAUGCCACCCAUGCCACCGGUACCACCUAUGAUUGCUGGACAGGGUGAUGGCGCCGAGCAGGACUUCGUGGCCAUGCUCACCGCCUGGUAUAUGUCUGGCUAUUAUACGGGUCUCUACCAAGGAAAGAAGGAGGCCAGUACCAGCAACAGCGCCAAGAAAAAGACACCCAAGAAGUAAUUCCAUAUCUCAUCUCAUCUAAACAUCUUUAAUGAAGACUUGUAGCCAUUAAGAAAACGAAAUGAUUAAAAAUUGUUUAUGUUAAGGA